AUGAGGGAUCAUUUGCUAAAGGACUUCAUUGGCCUGAUGGUGGGCAUUCUAAGAAUCAACUCUAUUACGCUGGAGUGGUUUGUUACUCCAAGUGUGGGUGGCCUUAAUCUUCACCGCCUCCAGAAAGCAGAUGACUUUUCCAGCAGGAAAAGUCCAGUAGCACCAUUUGCCACAAGGAUUGCGCACCACUCAGGACCGUCACAUUCAGCCGCCGGGGUGCUAGAAUGGGCUUCGACACAGUGGAGGCUCUACCAGUCUCUGGGUCAUCAAACCUUCUUGUUGCUGCUCCUCCUCUUCCCAGAUGGGCCGACGGCCCUUCCUCUCGCUGCUCAUAACUUGAAACCAGCCCUGCCUCCCAUUGUGAAAGAUAAACCUUUCCUAGUGACUUGGAAUGCACCAACAGCUCGCUGUGCAGCCGCCUACGACGUUCCUCUCCCCUUGGACUCCUACGGCAUCCUGGCGAAUUCCCAGGAAGCCUUUGUGGGUGGGAACAUCACCAUCUUCUACUACGAUCAACUAGGCUUGUACCCGUAUUACAUGAACACGACAGUGCCCCCCACUGCAGUUCAUGGUGGCUGCCCUCAGAACGCCAGCUUGAAAGGCCACCUGGAAAAGAUGACGAGGGACAUUGCGGUGGCCAUGCCCUCACCCUCUUUUGCAGGUCUCGCUGUGAUCGACUGGGAGAACUGGAGGCCUCAGUGGAUUCGGAACUGGGACAAAAAAAAUAUCUACCGGGACAUGUCCCUCCGCUUGGUCAAGCAAAGAAACCCCCAUUUAUCUGAUUAUGAAGCUGAGCUGGAGGCCAAAUGGGAGUUUGAGACAGCCGCCCAGAGUUUUAUGACAGAUACUCUCCGCUUAGCCCAAUCUCUGCGCCCCAAUGGCUGGUGGGGCUACUACCUCUUUCCCGACUGUUAUAACUAUGAUUACUUGGAUGACUUUGAGGGCUUCACGGGGCACUGUCCCCCAGUGGAAGUGCAACGCAAUAAUGACCUCUCUUGGCUUUGGGAGCACAGCAGGGCCCUCUACCCAUCCAUCUACAUGGAAGAGAUGCUGAGAACAUCCCCUCAAGGGAAAAAGUUUGUGAGGGCCAAAGUAGGUGAGGCCUUGAGAGUGGCCGAGUUGCCCUCUGCUCAGCACUCCCUCCCUGUUUUUGUGUAUGCCAGGCCAUUCUACACCUACACCUUGAAGGAGCUGAGCCAGACAGACCUGGUGUACACCAUAGGGCAGGCUGCGGCCAUGGGUGCUCAUGGCCUUGUGCUCUGGGGAGACGCAGAAUAUUCUCGGAACCGGACCAAUUGCUUAAAGAUUCACAAGUAUCUUACAAGCACUUUAGGCCCAUAUAUUGUCAACGUGACCAGGGCAACUGAGCUCUGCAGCCGUCACAUCUGCAAUAAUCAUGGCCGCUGCAUUCGCCGGAGAAUGGACUCUGAUGCUUAUUUACACCUUGGUCCUAACCCGAUGGAGGGCAUUUCCACUCUUGAGUUGGCAAACAGGACUUUAAGCCAACAGCAGAAGGUCAAGAUGGAACAGGAGUUUGCCUGCCAUUGCUACAAGGGAUGGAGUGGCAAAAGGUGCCUUUUCAAGGGGCACAGCGUGCGAUUGUGGGCAGACAGUUGGUGCAUUUAUGGCACAGUUUUGUCUGUACUUUGGAUGAGGUAUUUAUGAGCCAUUU